ACCGUUACGAUGAAUUGAGAAAACUAAUGAGACGCUACCGUAUCACACCAAAUCAAAUUAAACAGAUGCUUGAACGGUAUGCAGAGGGCGGAACUGCAAGAAUAACUAAGAUUAAUAAUCUGGACUUCAAAAAAUUUAUAUCCGAAAGACCAAUGGUUCCAAUAACCGCAGCUCAGGGGAAGGACCGUGUAUUAGUCACUGUGGGAAAUUUACAGAUAGUUUAUAGCGAUGAAUUGAGAACAAUAAUGAACGACUACCUUAUAACACCAACAGAAAUGCUUGACCUGCUUGAACGGUAUGCAGAGGGCGGAGCUGCAACAAUGACUAAAAGGGUUAUUCUGAACUUAAAACGAUUUAUAUCCAAAAGACCAAUUGGUCCAAUAACCUCUGUAUCAGCAAUAACUGAUCCUUUACCGGGUGGAGCGAGUAUGACGAUUGAUACCAGGCCUCAACAUCAUUUGGACAGCCUUUUUUCUGAAGUGGUCUCUCUACGAAAGCAAAUCAAACUACUAAACAAGAAACGCGAUGCCUUAAACGACUUAUACCGACUCGGCGUCAUAACCAUUCAAACAAGAAAUGAAAACCUAAUGAGAAACAGAAUGGAGAGAAGUGUACUCGAAACCGACUUGGAAGUCUUACAGUCUGAUAUAGGAAGGAUCGCAAGAAUUGAACCAGUGGUGCAGAUAAACAAUGUAGACGAUGAUGAAGAAUUAUUUGAAAGCUAG